UAAUGUUUAGAUUAUGGAAAAUGAUGAUAGUGCACUCCCUCCCUCCCUCAUCUAAAAGCCAAGUCGUCCGAUACAUUUACAUUUCUAUUUACAACUACGUCGUGUUUUCCAUAAGGAUAUACAGAAAGGCAUGAAAGUAUAGCCUAUUCCCAGGGGCACUUUUAUCACACAGGACCUCUGCUAAUAGCAGAGUCCUUCCGAGCUGCUUGAGUGAAGAUGGCGCAGGCACUAUCAGAGGAGGAGUUCCAUCGGAUGCAGGCUCAGCUUUUAGAGCUGAGGACACAGAACUACCAACUUUCAGAUGACCUGCGGAAGAACACAACUGAGCUGAAUGCUGUUCGUCUGAAGACUGUUACCUUGGAGAAAGAUUACAUCAAAGCACAGAAGGCUCUGAAUAAAAGCAAGAAAGCUCAGGAGGUGGAUGCAUUACUCAGCGAGAACGAGAUGCUGCAAGGCAAGCUGCACAGCCAAGAGGAUGACUUCAGACUGCAAAACAGCACCCUGAUGCAGGAGCUGUCCAAGUUAUGUACUCAGAUAGAGGAGCUACAACAUGAAAUCAAAGAGCUAAAGGAUGGCAAGGGGCUGCAGGCUGAAUCCUCCGCUACCAUCUCCAUGUCUGUGGAUGGAGAGUUACUGCGCCUCCAGGCAGAGAACGCUGCCCUUCAGAAAAAGAUGACGGCCCUUCAGGAGCGCCAUGAGAGUGAGAUAAAGAGCCAGAGGGGAGCGGAGGUCAGUGAAACCAAAGCCUCAGAGACAGAUGGCCUGGCUGACACCAACGGUGUCCGGUUGCACUCUGACGUCAGUGAGACCAGGGAGGACUCUGCAGCCGGAACCAAUGACAGACUGGAACAGUUUUUUUCCCAGGCAGAGGCAAAGUGUGCAAAACUGGAACAGCGAGUGGCUGAGCUAAGUGGACCUGCAGUGAGGACUCCCGGGCUAGUUAUGAAACAGGAUGCUCUUAGGUGGUCAGCACUGUGUCCAAAUCCAAUAACGCAAUGCUUUGGGCCAGAGGUGGAGCUGCAGCUGCACACUGAGGUGGAGGAGAAGCGCCUACUGAAGGAGCAGCUCCAAGCACUAGAGUCAUCCAAACAGGCAGACAUCACUCAACUUCAAGAAGAAAUAGCAAAGCUCUCUGAUAAAUUGAAGAAAAAACAAGACCGCUUUCUGCGUUCGCAAGGUGAAAAAGAAGCCCUUUAUAAUGACAGCAGGACUAAAAUCGAUGAGAUUCAACAGAGGAAGGAGGAGGAGCUAAAGUCAUUGAACAUCCGCAUCCAGAAGUUACAGGGAGAUCUGCUGUCAGCCAACCAGAGUGUUGGAGAGAUGAAGGAGCAGCUACAGAGCCGGCAGAAGGAGCAUGAGUUAGUUCUACACACACUCAGAGAUCAGAUAGCGUGUCAGAGUGCUGUGAGUCAGGAGCAGGUGGAGAGUAUCCUGACUGAGAACGAUGCUCUCAGGACUAACCUAGUCGCUCUGGAACAGAUUCAGACAGUGAAGACUCAGGAGAUGAACCUUUUGCGUGACCAAAACACGGCUCUGAACGUUGAGCUGCAGCAGAGACGGACAGAGCAGGAGAGCUUCCUGGCACAGAGAGAUGACCUUAACUCUCAGCUACAGGAGGGAAACCGUGCCAACAGCAGACUGUUGGAACAGCUGACUGUAUUGGACCAAUGGAAAGACCGAUUACAGCAAGAGCUGGAGGAGGCUAAAAAGACAGCUGACAAGCGGAAGGCCAUGCUGGAUGAACUGGCCAUGGAGAUAAUCACAGUGAAGUCCCGGCACAAGGAGGAGCUGAGCGACGUGCGUCUGCAGCAUGAGAAGGAGGUGCUGGGGGUGCGGGCACGCUACGAGAAGGAGCUGAGGGGACUCCAUGAGGACAAGAACCGCACAGAGGAGGGGAUCCGCUCACAGCUCCGAGACGAGAAGGCUCGCAAUAAGGAGCUGGAGGGUCUGCAGCAGUGUGUGGAGGAGCUGCAGGCCCAGGUCCAGUCCAUGGAGGACACGAAGGGCUGGUUCGAACGCAGACUCAAAGAUGCUGAGGAGAGCAUGGAGAAGAGCUGUCUGGAGCACCAGGAGAGCACGGAGAAGCUGCAGGAAGAACACUCUCUCCAACUGGAGGGAAAGGCAUCUGAUAUAGAUGGUGUGAAGCUGCAGUUGACAGAGGUAGAGAAGGAAAGGGAUGUGCAUUUUGAAACCAUUGGAAAACUGAAGCAGGAGAUUAAAGACACGGUGGGUGGCCAGAGGAUCCUGGAGAAGAAAGGUAGUUCAGCACUGAAAGACUUGAAGAGGCAGCUACAGCUGGAGAGGAAGAGAGCUGAUAAACUCCAGGAGCGGCUACAGGAGAUCCUCACCAACACUAAGACCAGGACAGGCCUGGAAGAGCUGGUGUUGUCAGAGAUCAUCUCUCCUAGUCCUAAGCAGCAGAGGGGAGAUAGCAGCAGUGUCUCGUCCUUCAGCUACGGGGAGAUCAUGAAGGAGGGAGCCACAUCACAGAGCAUCAACAAGUCCGCCAGUGGCAGCCCCCAGUCCCAGCGGCCUGCUGACCUGUCUGAUGGUGAGGUUGGGGAGCUGUUCCAGAGGCUGGCUGGGGUGCAGCAGGAGAAGUGGAUGUUGGAGGAGAAGGUGAAACACCUAGAGGUCAGCUGCUCCUCCAUGGCUGAUGACAUCUGUAAGAAAAGUUCUAUCAUCGAGACCUAUGUCAUGGACAGCAGGAUAGCACAUGGUGCACAUGGUGCAACGGCGGUUGCCCAUCACGUGGGCCAGGUGGGGGGACAUGGUCAUGGCUUGGGCUCUGUGCUCAGGGACCUGGUGAAGCCUGGGGACGAGAACAUGCGGGAAAUGAACAAGAAGCUGCAGAACAUGCUGGAGGAACAGCUGACCAAGAACAUGCAUUUACAGAAGGACCUUGAAGUUCUGUCUCAGGAGAUUGUCCGUUUAAGUAAAGACUCAAGUCCUGGAGCUGGCUCAGCUACGGGCUAAAAGACUGGAACAAGCCCCUCUCUCUUCACCUGUUUCUGUGGCCAACAAGAGGACAUUACCUGACUGACUGAACCUCUGGCGGGGAACACAGAUGAAAGGAGAGGGAUAGAGGGUGGUAGGAAGGGGUUCGUGCUCUUGGAGCUGCUUUACUACUGAAUGUACUUACUGUAACAUGUCUUGGUGCUUUAUAUGGUAUUGUGAUCUGACUUCUGUCUGUCUGCACUCUCUGCCUCCCCACUCUGGUGUGAUCUGAAGAAUAGCAGAAGGCAACAAUGUCUGGAUGCCAGGACACAGUGCUUUACUGGUUCACGACUUCAAGAGAUUGUUUAAUGUUGCGAAUAACAAGAGACAUUCUGCCUACUCAUACAGAGGCUUAAGCUGUUGUGUUUUGCCUGUACUCUUAUUCAUUUCUUUAUACUUUCAACUCUGCAACUCUUGUUUUUGUUUGUAUAAAUCCUGUAUAUAUGAAUAUGAAAAAUCAACUGUAGUAAUUGAACUGUUCUCAGAGUAAUAAGUAUUGUAAUGAAACAGCAGGGUCGUUACAGUAUUGUAGAUGAGCCAAAAUGAUUGUAAAGGUUUUAUGUCCGUCAUACAUUCUAGAUGCUGAAAUGUCCAGUUUGAGUUUGUCUGGGGAAAGUGUGAGUAUCCUAAAGCCAGUAGUAAAAAGAAAUAUUUACAAAAACUCAAUAACAUAGUGUUGAGGACUGGACCAAACCACCGCUGCUUCUUGGGGAAUGGACAAAACCACUUCUAUCUCUGGGUCGCUGGACCACACCACCCCUGUGUCCACUCACUGGGUUAGAUCUCUGUGCUCGUUUCCUUUUAAUCUGCACCAGUCCCGUGACUGCAGCAGAAGCACGGAGGAGGCCUUGGCAGCUCAGCAUCUGGUAUCAACAUGAACAUGAUGUCCAACUCCACAGAGACUGGCUGGAUGCCUGCUUUGUGGCCCGCUUUCAAAAUGUCACUUUGGCUGCUUUCUCUAUCCCCAAUUAAGACUCCAGGUGUGGUUAGAUUUGCACAUUUAAUUCCGGCUUAACUCCACUUUGAUAUUUUCUAAAAAUAUUAGAUUCCAAAUAAGAGGAAGCAGAGGAUUCUCUGUGAUGAGCAGAUUAAUUUGUCCCCCUGGCUGAGGUCUAACAAGUGUCAGUUGUCUUGUCAACUCUUCCUUCACUCUGGCAAAGCUCAUCAGUGUGCUCGCUGAGUUCAACAUGGACAGGAAACUCAUCACCAAUAUUUAUUAUCUGCCAUCAAGACCUGGCCAUUACUGUGUGUCAGAAGAACUGGCCCCAUGCCCUGUAGGAUGAGGGAAACAUGAAUCAUGUGAAGCUGUGCCUUCUAUUUCACCUGUCUUUGACUCACGUAGCAAAUGUCUUAUUUUAAAUAACUUCUCAACAUGACUGAACAGCAGUAGCUGGGCAGAUCAGAUGGUCUAACACAGUGUGCAUACCUACCUGUGUUAGUCUCUUAUACUUUGAGACAUGUUUCCCUUAUCUGAGAAUGUAUGCACUUCAUUCAGGCCUCCAUGAACACUUGUUUAGGAACGAACAGAUUGGUCAUUGGAAGCCCCCCCCCCCCAAGAAUGUAAGUAAGGCUGGGCGAUAUAUCAAAUUAAUAUGAUAUAUUCAAAUAUAUUUUUUGGCGCGAUGUUUCAAAUGCCUAUGUCACAAGAAUCUAGGUUUUUAUUUUAUGUUCAUUUUUUUAUGAGCGUUUGAUGUAUUUUUGGUCUCUUCUCACUCCACAGACACCAAGCCCCUCCCCCUCCACUCACAACAAACACGAAAGAUAACUUCUUCAUCUCAUACCUUUUUACAGACAGACUUUACGGUAUUUUGCUUGUUAAAAAAAAAAAAUCAGGUCAUGUUUUUUAGAGCCACAUUCAUACAGUCCAAUUUUUGCUGCGUUCUUGCCGAGAUAAGUCUUUUAUGACUCCCGUGCACAUACCAGCAAGAUUAGGAGUGGGAGGUGUAUUUGAAUAAAUUAAUUGAAUGUACACCAUUACAAAUAUGUUUUUGGCAGGUCCUAAGAGACAUAAGACUAAUAAAAUAAGUUUUCAAGAAGAAUAGAAUGGCAUAUUUUGAGUUGAAAUUAUGUAACUGUUCUGUGCAGCCUAUAUUCUAAAUGGCUGCGCCAUGCACAUGAAACCAAUAGUGAUUUUGUUCUGUAAACAGACAAGGCACACUUACUAGGCUACCCUGAUCAGUCAACACAUAUACAGUAUUUUUGUAUAGGCUAAGAAUUAAAUUCAUUUAAAUAUAACGGUAUAAAAUACAAUUCAUAUUUUUCCCAAACAAUUUGCAUCACAUCAAAGGUGUGGAAAUGCUGUCAUGUAAAAAUAAAUAAAAAUAAAGUGAUAUUUUGUGAGGAGAGACCAAGGUAAGCCCAUGCUUUUAUGAUAUCCAAUUGGUAGUUACAGUCUUGUCUCAUCGCUGCAACUCCCGUACGGACUCGGGAGAGGCGAAGGUCAUGGUCCUCUGAAACACAACCCAACCAAGCCACACAGCUUCUUGACACAACACCUGUUUAACCCGGGAAGCCAGCCCCACCAAUGUCUCGGAGGAAACACCGUGUCCAAACCCUCCCCUAACCCGGACUACGCUGGUCCAAACCCUCCCCUAACCCGGACUACGCUGGGCCAAACCCUCCCCUAACCCGGACGACGCUGGUCCAAACCCUCCCCUAACCCUGACUACGCUGGGCCAAACCCUCCCCUAACCCGGACGACGCUGGGCCAAACCCUCCCCUAACCCGGACUACGCUGGGCCAAACCCUCCCCUAACCCGGACUACGCUGGGCCAAACCCUCCCCUAACCCGGACUACGCUGGGCCAAUUGUGCGCUGCACCAUAGGUCUCUCCGCCUGGACUCAAACCAGGAUCUCUAGUUGCUCAGUUAGCAACUGUGAUGCAGUGCCUUAGACCACUGUGCCAAAUGUAAGUCACUCUGCAAAAUGUUUGCAGAAAAACGUGUUUUGAAAUUUGUAUUUGACAAGCCGUCUGUGGUACUGUGUUGUGGCAAAACUGCACAUUUUAGAGUGGUCUUUUAAUGUCCCCAGCACAAGGUGCAAUGGUGUAAUGAUUAUGCUGUUUAAUCAGCUUCUUGAUAUGCCACACCUGUCAAGUGGAUUCAUUAUCCUGGAAAAGGAGAAAUGCUCACGAACAGGUAUGUAAACACAUUUGUGCCCAAAAUGUGAGAGAAAUAUGUUUUUGGUGCAUAUGGAAAAUUUGGGGGAUCUUUUAUUUCAGCUCAUGAAACAUGAGGCCAACACUUUGCAUGUUGUGUUUUAUAUUUUUGUUCAGUAAAUAAAGAUUAGCUGGCUCCUCACGA